GUUCCUCCGGCUUACGAUGAUUCAUCCAAUCCACUUAGCGGAGAUAAAGGUGAACAAGCAGGAAAGACGCAAGAAAUCCAAAAAGUGAUGCAAGAGACUAUUGGUAUAAUGCAGGAGAAUAUCAAUAAAGUCACUGAACGUCAAGAAAGGUUAGAUGCCCUACAGGAUAAAUCUGAUCAACUCCAAGCUCGAAGUGCACUCUUUCGUUCAUCAGCUACAGCCACCCGACGUAAAAUGUGGUUGAAAGAUAUGAAAUGGAAGAUCAUUUUAAUAGUUGUCAUCUUGUUUAUUUUGGCAGGUAUAAUCGGAGGAGCUGUAAAAGGUACUCAACAUUGA